UCCUCUCUCACAUUCUUCUCGUUCGUUGUUGUUGAAGCUCGAAGUUUUUGCUUAGACCAUGCACACGUCAUCCCGUACCCUCCGUCGCGCUGCCGCAAAGGUUAAGCCUGUUCUAACCCGCGGUGUACACAAGGAGAUCAAGUUCAGUAAUGACGGUCGUGCUAGCAUCCUCAAGGGUGUUGACGUCCUUGCUAAUGCUGUCAGCGUCACCCUCGGUCCAAAAGGCCGCAACGUCAUCAUUGAGCAGAGCUUUGGUGGGCCAAAAAUUACCAAGGAUGGAGUAACCGUCGCCAAAAGCAUUUCUCUCAAGGACAAGUUUGAGAAUCUCGGCGCCCGUCUCGUUCAGGACGUCGCACAAAAAACAAACGAGAUUGCUGGUGAUGGUACUACCACCGCAACCGUCCUCGCUCGUGCUAUCUACGCAGAGGGUGUCAAAAAUGUUGCCGCAGGAUGCAAUCCUAUGGACCUCCGUCGCGGUGCUCAAGCAGCCGUUCAAAAAGUGGUUCAGUUUUUGGAAGCCAACACCAAAACUAUUACCACCACCGCUGAGAUAGCACAGGUCGCCACCAUAUCUGCCAACGGUGACGAGCACGUCGGUGGGUUGAUUGCGCAAGCGAUGGAGAGAGUUGGAAAGGAGGGUGUCAUCACCGUGAAAGAGGGUCGGACAACCGAGGACGAGAUUGAAGUGACAGAGGGCAUGCGUUUUGACCGCGGUUAUAUCUCCCCGUACUUCAUCACCGACGUGAAGACUCAAAAAGUCGAUUUCGAAAAGCCCUUCAUUCUCCUCUCUGAGAAGAAAAUCUCCUUGUUGCAGGACAUCCUCCCAGCCCUCGAAACUGCUGCCUCUGCUCGCAGACCACUGGUCAUCAUUGCAGAGGAUGUGGACGGUGAAGCCCUCGCAGCUUGCAUCCUAAACAAGCUCCGUGGCCAGCUCCAGGUUGUGGCCGUCAAAGCACCCGGUUUCGGUGACAACCGCAAGAGCAUCCUUGGCGACCUCGCCAUCCUCACCGGCGGCACAGUGUUCACAGACGAACUGGACAUCAAACUCGAGCAUGCAACAGCUGACCUUCUGGGCAGCACUGGUAGCAUCACCAUCACCAAGGAGGAUACAAUCGUCCUCAACGGUGCCGGCUCCAAGGAUGCCAUCUCUGCACGGUGCGAGCAAAUCCGCGCACUCCUGAACGACCCCACCACCUCCGAGUUCGACAAGACCAAGCUCCAAGAACGGCUCGCGAAGCUCUCUGGAGGUGUCGCCGUCAUCAAAGUCGGUGGAUCAUCUGAAGUCGAGGUUGGAGAGAAGAAAGACCGAUAUGACGACGCGCUUAACGCAACGCGUGCCGCUGUUGAGGAGGGUAUCCUCCCAGGCGGUGGUGUCGCACUUCUCAAGGCCAGCCUUGCGCUGAAGACUGCCGCACCCGGCGAACCCACCUCAUCCGAUCCUGACAUCAUUCCAACUGCCAACUUCGACCAAGGCCUUGGCGUCAGCAUCAUCCGCCGCGCAUUGGCACAGCCCGCACGCACAAUCCUCACCAAUGCGGGUGAGGAAGCAAGCGUCAUCGUCGGCACGCUCAUCAACUCAUCCAACAACUCAUUCGCGUACGGUUACGACGCGUCGAAGGGCGAGUAUACCGACAUGAUCACACGUGGUAUCGUCGACCCGCUCAAGGUCGUACGGACAGCGCUCGUGGAUGCCGCAGGUGUCGCGAGCUUACUGACAACGAGUGAGUGCUGCGUUGUUGAUGGCGAGGAGGAGAAACCUGCUGGUGGUAUGGGCGGUGGCAUGGGAGGUAUGGGCGGCAUGGGAAUGGGCGGGUACUAAGUAAGUGCUUGAGCUGACUUCGAGCCGUACCUGUGACGCGCGGGAUAUAUUAAUUUCCAUCCGCCGUCAGUCGCCUCAUUUAUGCUGAUUUAUUACACUUUGCUUUGUCGCACGCCAUCACGCCCCCCUCACCAUCAUGCACCUCACGUAUUUGUAUUCCACAUUAUUAGUUACUUACUUGCAUGGAAUUGAACACCACUCAGUCACGUCUUU